AUGAGUAAGAAAUCAUUGAAAGCUAUUGUGACAUCACAAAGAUGUGUAACGAAUUCAUUUAACCCUUUACGGCCGAAUGUUGCCAAAAGGCAACAAUUUUGCCGUAGGGGGAUUCAAUUUGUUACUCUUGCUAUAUGUCUUAGUCUAUCAGCAACUAUUAUACUUUUAUGUUUAUUUGCGCCAAAAUUAUAUAUUAUUCUCUUUGAUCCGUCCAAAAAUAUUCAUUCAAAAUUUAAAACAUCAAUAUCAGUUAAAAAACCUGCAACAUCACAACCAAAAGACAGUAAUCAUUAUAAUACAUUACAAGCAACACCAAUUAAUAAUAAUCAACAACGACGAAUAACACCAUCAGAAUUUACAACAGAAGUUACAUUUUGUACUUCAAAAUCAGAUAGUUAUGCUUUAAAUAUUCAUGAAGAAACAACACAAACAGAUAGUUUUAUUGGUGAAAAAUCAAUUGUAAAUACUAGUGCAUGUACAGAUGCUGAACGACAAAUAAUAUCUGGAAAAGAUAGUGAUAAAACAGAUCUUAUUUCAAAAUCCAAACCAAAAUUAAAUGUUGGUUAUCUUCAACGUUCAUCAAUUCGACGAAAUUCAACUAGUAUAGUAAUAUCAAAUGAAAAUCCAUGGAAACGAAUGAGUAAUGUUCGUUAUAAACUUGAUAAACAAGAAGUCAAGGAAGAAAAUACAUCACGUUAUCGUCAUGUUUAUGAACAGCAUAUCACUUUUGUCUAA